UUAUUUUCACUUUGAUUCACUGUUUUUCUCGAUUUCCCAAGUUUUUUUUUUUUUACUUCUUAAAACCAAGAACUAAAGGACGAAAGUGAAAGAAUCUUCAUCGCAAAACUGAAAAGGAACACUCUCGUGAGUACUGCAAUUAAUCACUGACAGUGAAAGAACUGCAUCUUCUUCAGCAAAAAGCCAUGCAUGGGUGAAAGCUUGAAUUCAGGGGGAGAUUCCAAGCAAAAAAAUUGAAAAACAAUGGUGGUACUAACAAAGGGUUCUCUUCAUUUUCUGAUUUGUUUGCUUCUUUCCAUGAAUUUCUGCGUAGGAGACGAUGAAGCUUCUUCCAUUCAACUCAACGACGAUGUUCUUGGUUUGAUAGUGUUCAAAUCAGAUAUCAAAGACCCUUCCUCUUAUCUUCAAUCUUGGAACGAAGAAGAUAACUCGCCUUGUUCGUGGAGAUUCAUAAAAUGCAACCCAAACAACGGUCGAGUUUCGGAGAUUUCUCUUGAUGGCUUGGGAUUAUCAGGGAAGAUCGGCAAAGGGCUUCAAAAGUUGGAGUAUUUAAAGGUAUUAUCAUUGUCUCGUAACAAUUUCAGUGGUACAAUUGGUCGAGCAUUUGGUGUGCUUCAAACACUUGAAAGGCUUAAUCUUAGCUAUAAUAAUCUCUCAGGAUCGGUUCCGAGCUCUUUUGUCAACAUGAAUUCCAUUAGAUUUCUGGAUCUAUCUGGGAAUUCUUUUUCAGGUUCACUCCCUGAUGAUCUGUUUCAAUCAUGUUCAUCACUGAGAUUUCUGUCUUUAGCUGUGAAUUCAUUUGAAGGCCAAAUUCCAAGCACGCUAUAUAGAUGUUCAUAUUUGAACAACCUUAAUCUUUCCAAAAACCAUUUCUCCGGUAACAUAGAUUUUAUUUCUGGGAUUUGGUCGAUGAAUCGGCUUCGAGCUUUGGAUCUUUCUUAUAAUUCAUUUUCAGGGUCAGUUCCUGGAGGUGUUUCAACAUUGCCUUACUUGAAAAAGCUCCAUUUACAGUCUAAUGGCUUCUCAGGACCAAUCCCUGCAGAUAUUGGACUUUGUCUACAUCUAAAUUCGUUGGAUUUCAACAAUAAUCUUUUCGAUGGACCGAUCUCGGAUUCUCUACAGAGGCUAAAUUCAUUGGUUUUCUUCAGUUUAUCGAACAACAUGUUUACGAGUGAGUUUCCUCCAUGGAUUGGUAGCUUGAGCAGCUUGGAGUAUCUCGAUUUCGCGAGCAACGGUUUAACUGGAAGCUUGCCAUCAUCAAUUGGUAAUCUCAGAGCUUUAAAAUCUUUGAGAUUGUCAAAUAAUAAGCUCGUUGGUAGCAUACCAGCUGGUUUAUUCGAUCUGGGAUUGGAAGUUAUGGAUCUUUCCAAUAAUCGGUUCAAUGGUUCGAUUCCAAGAGGAUCAAGUAGUCUCUUCGAGGCUCUUCGAAACUUGGAUCUGUCUAGAAAUGAUCUCGAAGGAACAAUUCCUGCAGAAAUGGGGCUUUUUGCCAACAUGAAGUACUUGAACUUAUCAUCAAACAAGCUUCAGUCAAGGAUACCACCAGAGCUCGGGUUAUUUCCGAACCUGACCGUGCUUGAUCUUCGAGACAAUGCUUUAUCCGGGGAUGUUCCGGGGGAUAUAUGUGAAUUUGGGAGUUUGGUUAUUCUUCAAUUGGAUGGAAAUUCAUUGAGUGGACCAAUUCCGGAUGAGAUUGGAAACUGUUCAUCAUUGUUCUCGUUGACGUUGUCUCACAACAAUCUAACCGGUUUGAUUCCGAAGACGAUUUCGAAAUUGUCCAAGCUUAAGAUUCUCAAACUCGAGUUCAACGAACUAAGUGGAGAAAUACCGAAAGAGCUCGGAUUGUUGGAAAAUCUUCUUGCUGUCAAUGUAUCAUAUAAUCAACUUAUAGGCAGGCUUCCCGUAGGAGGCAUAUUUCCAAGCUUGGAUCAAAGUGCUUUGCAGGGAAAUCUGGGAAUUUGUUCACCAUUGUUAAAAGGACCAUGCAAGUUGAAUGUGCCGAAACCUUUAGUUCUCGAUCCGGAUGCUUACAACGAUCAAAUGGGUGGCCACAGGCGAACAAACGAGUCCGCUACUCCGAUAAGAUUCCAUCAUCGUAUCUCCCUUAGUAUUUCUGCAAUGGUUGCGAUUUCAGCAGCUGUUCUGAUUGUAACUGGGGUGAUAGUUAUAAGCCUCUUAAAUGUUUCAGUCCGAAGGAGACUCGAAUUCGUGGAGACUGCACUGGAAAGCAUGUGUUCGAGUUCGACGAGAUCCGGAAGUCCUCCCACAGGCAAACUCAUUCUGUUCAAUUCGAAGCUAUCGACUAAUGGGAUUGGCAACCCCGAAACCCUCCUUAACAAGGCUGCAGAGAUCGGUGAAGGAGUAUUCGGAACCGUUUACAUGAUCCCAUCGAGUCCUCAAGGGAGAUUUGUGGCAAUCAAAAAGCUUGCGACAUCGAACUUGAUCCAAUAUCAAGACGAUUUCGAUCGAGAAGUUCGAGUUCUCGGAAAAGCAAGGCACCCAAAUUUGAUAUCGCUGGAAGGAUACUAUUGGACGCCGCAAACUCAGCUUCUAAUAACAGAGUAUGCAACUAAUGGGAACUUGCAAACAAAGCUCCAUGAAAGAUCUGGUUCAGCCCCACCAUUUUCUUGGUCCAACAGGUUCAAGAUAAUCCUCGGAACAGCCAAGGGACUGGCUCACUUGCACCAUUCCUUCAGGCCACCAAUAAUUCAUUACAACAUAAAACUGAGUAACAUCCUUCUCGACAAGGACUACAAUCCGAAGGUCUCGGAUUUCGGAUUAGCAAGGCUAUUAACGAAGCUCGAAAAGCAUGUGAUCAGCAACAGGUUCCAGAGUGCAGUAGGAUAUGUAGCACCAGAGCUAGCAUGUCAAAGCUUGAGGGUGAACGAGAAAUGCGAUGUGUUCGGUUUCGGGGUGCUAAUAUUGGAGCUCGUGACGGGACGAAGGCCGGUCGAGUACGGGGAGGAUAAUGUCGUGAUACUGAGCGAUCACGUUCGGGUCUCGGUGGAGCAAGGGAAUGUGUUGGACUGCGUGGAUCUAAGUAUAGGUGAUUAUCCUGAAGAUGAAGUGUUUCCGGUGCUGAAAUUGGCAUUGGUUUGCACCUCUCAGAUACCUUCAAGUAGGCCUUCAAUGGCGGAAGUGGUGCAAAUACUUCAAGUUAUCAAAACCCCAGUUCCACAAACAUUGUGAAAAACUUGCCAACAUUUCUGUUAUCAGUUUUUGGAAUUCUUCUUUUACUUCAUACA